AGUAGAAGCAACUGAGUGUGUAUAUAUAGCUUAUAUGCAACAUCAUAGGGUCCUCAACCAAAACUCCUCUCUCAGUACACACUUCUUUUCAAACCUCAAACUAGUUUGAGAUAUUUAGAGGAGUGUUUGGUUCUUUGGAUAACAAUAUCCUAAACAAAACAUGGCUAAGUCAUAUGGAGCUCUCUUCCUCCUGGCCCUCAUUGUCUUCUCCUUGCUUCAAACCAUGGUUAUGGCUUCAAGUGGAUCUAGAGUGAAGUAUAACCCGAAACGAUAUGGACCAGGAAGCUUGAAACGUUCCCAAUGCCCCAAGGAAUGUGAUAGGAGGUGUAGCCAGACACAAUACCACAACGCUUGCAUUUUGUUCUGCAACAAAUGCUGCAGGAAGUGUUUGUGUGUGCCUCCGGGGUAUUAUGGAAACAAACAAGUUUGCUCUUGCUACAACAACUGGAAAACUCAAGAGGGUGGACCAAAAUGCCCUUAAAACCUCUUCUAAUCGUUUUUGAUAUAUUGUUCCUUUUUUAUAAUAAAAAAAUGAACUGAUGAUAAUUUUAUUCACUUUUGAGCAAUGCUUGUUAUGUUUUUCUCAUCUUAUUUUAUUCCUAAAUGUUGUAAUGUUAUGUCACUCCUUUGGGAUUUUGUUUCAGAUCCUAAAAAAUGGAGAGUGGCCUAUGAAUGAUAUUUUUCUUAAAUAUU